GUCGUCACACAAGAGACAGUCUGUAUUUACAUGCAUGCGAAGAGCAGCGAAGGCGCGAAGCGAUUGUGACGUAACAGUAAUAGAGUUUUAGAUAGACAAAUGCUGCCAGCAUGAAACCUAUGGAUUUUUCGAAGCGCAAAUACUCUCAAGGAAUCAUAACUGUAUUAUUUCUGCUGGAAAUCUCAUGUUUUUGUCAAGGCGCAGUGUCGACCUGCAAUGCUGUUUUAACUGGAAGUUCGGGAACUUUUACGUCACCAAACUACCCCCGACCCCCUAAAGUGACGUUACCAAAAUUUACGUCAGCAUUCCCUAACAAUGGUGGUUUUGUGACGUGUAGUUGGGAGAUAAUCGUCCCGAGUGGGAAGGGAAUCCAACUGAAGUUUGGAGACUUUUUCAUGGCAGAGAACUCGGUCGAUGAUUGCGAUAAAGGGGAAGUCGAAGUAUUUAUUGGAGUCGGGAAAACGAAGAGUGGUCUAGAUACUUAUUGUUCUGGUAACAACCCCGACAUUGUGACGUUACACAACAACACAGCCACGGUGACCUUUCGACGACCUUUAACUUUCAGCGGGCGAGGAUUCCUUAUUUCAUAUAUUGCUAUAACACCUGGUAAAACCGUGGACGAUUUUGUUACUUGCUGUGCAACUGGAGAGGUGCGACGUGACGUCGGGACAUUUAGUGUUGUCUGCCCUGCUGGCUGUGCUGGCAUCUAUCGACAAACUACAACUGGGAAUCUUUGUUACCGAGAUACGUCCCAUCUGUGCUUGUCAGCCGUCCAUGCUGGUGUUACUUCGGAUAACUUUGGUGGAAGGGUGAAGGUAGAACGCCAACUCAGCAAGGUGUUGUACCAUGGGGAGGGAGCUAACAACAUAUCGUCGUCUACUGGGGGAUUGUCAGACUCAAUGGUAUGUUUCCCCGAGCUGAAGACUUGCCAUGAUCAAAUCGUUUUCACGGAGAAUCAGUUAACGGCGUCUUCUGUGUUGAACAUAAGUGACCCGAAAGGAGGGUAUCAAGUCUGGUCGCCUAAAAAAGCGAUGCUUACCGCUUAUGACAAAGCAUGGAAGCCGGCCAACCAUUCAUCUGAACAGUGGAUACAAGUUAACCUACGUCGUCCAUAUAAUAUCACAGCCAUAUUAACUAAAGGAUCAGCCAAACCCUACUCGUGGACUAAAAGUUACACGAUUAAGUACAGUAUGAACAAUAUAACGUGGAAGAAUUAUAAAGAAGAAGGCAGCGAUCGGCCCAAGAUUUUCUCUGGGAACCGAAACUACUUCGCAGAAGUGCGGAAUAACUUCGUCCGACCUCCUAUAACUGCAAAGUAUCUUCGCGUUUAUCCCACACCACAGAAACAACAUGAUGCCAUGCUUGAAUAUGGUCUUAAGUUUGGGCUUCUAGGUUGUCUGCCCUCAUCCUUGCCGGUUCCGGACCCUACCCCCGCACCGACCCCUAAAACACCUUCAACAAUUCUCACGAAAAUUGUAAAAACUACAACAACAACAACGACGACAACAACCACGAACCCCGUCACCACAACGUCACAACCACCGUUGAAUUCACCAAUACCUAACGAAACAACAACAGUCGCCCCAACCAACGCAACGUCAUCCGUUCCUGCUGGUGGAGAUGUAGAUGAUUCGGGAGGUGUUAAAGACCCUAAACCUAAUCCUGAGAAUGGAGAAAUAAGCGAGAAAAGUAUCAUCAUAAUAGCCAUUGUUGCCGCAUUAGCUGUGACGUCAAUAUUACUUGCUGCUUUGGUUCUCAUUCUUGUAAGAAAAAGGAAAAAGGAACCAAAACUUGAAACAAUGGUGCCUACGUCACAGACGAACGCUACCUACGCGACUGGAAUAGACAUUCGUUAUCCAGACUACAAAUACUCGAAGCAGAAGAAAAAACAGCUGAAAAAAGAGAAAAAGAAAAACAAGAUUGGCAAAUUUGAAAUCAAGAACGUCAACUACAAAGAUAGCAUGCCGCUAGCUGCCGCUGUGGAGCAAUCUUUAACGAUGGCUAAUUCUCGCGGGGGGAUUACCCUAAGGUACGACCAACAACAACGUCAAUCAAUGUCGAGUAAUGACCCACUAAUGACGUCAUGUAACGGCGCUCCAUUACGUUCUUCUUACGUCACGAAUGACGUAGCUGGUACAAGUAAUGGGAUACACGCGGGCAGUCCGAUUCUUGUGGAGGAAAAGGCCGACAGCUUUAUAACAGACGACGAGGACCACGAGUACCAAGUAAUCCCUGAUAACCCGCCGACCCCCACACCCACCAGAAGCACCAAAGCUUCAUCCAAGGCGUCCACCGGGUCUUCUAUCGGGAACCACAGCCGCCAGUCUGAUUCAAUGCCUUGGCCUCAGGUUUGGGGCAAUGCGGGUGACGCCUGGGGGAAAGAUGGCCCAUCCUCGCCUAUCUUUAUCGAUGCAAAAGGCGGUGUGACGUCAUUCACCCCCCAUAAUCGACCGCAGCGAUCUAGAGCGGGUACUUUCCCUCACCCGUUACACUAUGGUGUCGAAAACGGGUUAGAUUCGAUGCCAGGCCCGCCGAAAACUGCCCCACCUAAUUCAACACAGUCAUUCACUGCUCCACGAUUCCACCACCGAAAACGAGGAGGAAGUAAAUCUCCUCCUAACGCAACAACUGCUUCAUCCUACUAUCCUCCCCAGCGUUACUCCUCCUCCUCCGGCUCCUCUUCUCACUCUCACUUUGAUUCAACGUCAUCGCAACGUCACAAUCCAGCGAGCACGUAUUACUCCUCUGUGCCAGAAUACGACCCAAGAGGAGCAGACGACGCUUUCCUGACCUCUAACGGCCACCAACGUGGCAUGGGGCAGCCGGAUAGUGGCGAGCUUGCGCACACCGACUCCAGGUCUGACGAAUGGCCACCUGGUAGCGAUAGAGGGCGCAAACCCUCUUAUAACUACCCGAGCAAUAUCCCAGUCAGCCAAUCAGCGCCGUUUUCAACGUUGCCUAGCAACGGUUUGACGACGAACAGCGGGGAACCAAUCAACGGUUCUGUCCGCCGCUCCACCUCGAGAUCGGAGUCAAUGAAACAGCGCGGCGGGGGGUACGACCAUCUUUACCGGAACAAAUGCAUUGGAAGUCCCGAUGGUGGAAAAAGCGUCGUCGCUCUUACUAUGAAUAAUUAUGAUCAACUGGACCUAAACACCCCUGUGUAGCAGUCGGUUCGCAACGUCAUCAGCGGUGACGUCAUCGAUGACGUAAUCUGUGACAUCCUUGAUAACGCAGUCUAAUUUAUUCCGGCGCUUUGUAGCGGCUUGCUGUCCGAAAAGUUUCACGCCUACGAAUGACGUCAUGCUAACGAACGGAUACGUCAUGAUGACGCCAUCGCACUGCCUGCAGUAGAUUUCUUGCCGAUAUGCUUAAGCACGCAACCGCUUCAAGCCAUCCUUUCCAAAUAUCUUAUAUAAUUGAUUAAUAUGAUCUUUAUGGCCGUCCAUUCCAAGUUACCUGGCUUCCCCAUUAUUGCCAUUCUCGUGUUCUUUGUUACGUCACCAUAUUCUCAGUGUUGCGCGCUGCUACGUGAUUAUGACGUUACGAUUUUCUAUUGUGACGCAACGUGCUGCAUUGUCUUCAACUAUGUACGUCAUAAAACGACUACUGAACCAUGACACGUAGACUAUGACGUCAUAUUCACUUGGUUAAAGAAGAAUGACACUUGUGACUACGUCACAAUAAACGUCAGUAUUUGUGUUUCAUUGUUACGAAACAGUCGUCGUAGUUACGUCACAAUGAACUUACCUUUUGUUACCUUCCUUUUAUGUUCUUGCAAUAUACCGCUAGUGGGCGCCCACGAUUAUUACAUUACCAUUGCUUGUAAUGCUCGAUAUAAACUUGACCAAAUCCAA